GCGAAAAAAGUCGUCAUAUUUGACUAAGUAGUAACCGACCACGAGGAACCAACCUGUCAUGGAUUAUGAUAAGAUCAUAAGAUUAAGAUUAGCUGAAUAUCCAUAUGAUCUGUGUUUGACCAAGUAACCUUCCAUUCAAUGGGAGCUUUUUCUUUCAAGAUUAUUGUUCUCGUUGCUUACAUGCUUGUUCCUUCUCUCAAAAUAUCCGCAGCUACACUCAACGUGUCACAGUCUAUCAGUGAUGGCGAGAAUAUAGUGUCGAACAAUAGAGUGUUUGAGCUUGGUUUCUUCAGCCCGGGUAAUUCCACAAAUCGUUACCUCGGAAUUUGGUAUAAAGUUAUACCUAUUCAACGAGUUGUUUGGGUGGCAAACCGGGGUAACCCGAUCAAUGAUACCUCAGGCAUGUUAACAUUCACUACCACGGGCAAUCUUGAGCUAAGACAAAAUGAUUCUGUUGUUUGGGUUACAACCUAUCAAAAACAAUCACAGCAUCCAGUGGUGGAGCUCUUGGACAGUGGCAAUCUUGUGAUAAGAAAUGAAGGAGACACGGACACAGAAGGUUACUUGUGGCAAAGCUUUGACUAUCCUUCUGAUACACUCUUGCCGGAGAUGAAGUUGGGUUGGGACCUCAGAACCGGUUUGGAACGGAUAAUAACCUCUUGGAAGAGUCCAUAUGAUCCUUCUCCAGGGAAUUUUUCAUGGCGUCUGAUGCUGUAUAACUACCCAGAGUUUUAUCUGAUGAAAGAGACACAAAAGUUUCACCGCAUCGGGCCAUGGAACGGACUUCACUUCAGCGGCGUGGCGAACCAAACAUCAAAUCAGUUUUACGAGUUCAAGUACACCGCUCAGAACGACGCCGUGUACGCCUCCAACAAGGCCGAGAUGUUCUACUCGUUUACUCUCAAGAACAGUUCGGUCUUCGUGAGAGUCACCGUGGUCGAGGGCAGUUUCCAAACCUAUGUUUGGGACGAAGACAAGACGCAAUGGGAGCUUUAUGAGUCCACCCCGCGUGACCAGUGUGAUUUGUAUGGGCUCUGUGGAGCCAACGGGAAUUGCAAGAUUACUACCUCACCGUUAUGCCAAUGUUUGGAAGGGUUCAUUCCAAAGUCUCCACGGGAAUGGAACGCGGGGAAUUGGAGUCAAGGAUGCAUCCGUGUUGAACCGUUACGGUGCCAAGAUAGUAGUAACAUGGAUGGGUUUGUCAAACAUGUUGGCCUCAAAGUGCCGGAUACUACAAAUACUUGGGUGGAUGAGAAUCUUGAUUUAGAUGAAUGCAGAAACAAAUGCUUGAAUAAUUGCUCUUGCAUGGCGUAUACUAAUUCAUACAUAGGAGGUGGAGGUAGUGGUUGUGUCGUUUGGUUUGGCGAUUUAAUUGACUUAAGACAGUUUGAAACUGGCGGAGGUCAAACUCUCUAUAUCCGGUUACCUUCUGCAACGUUAGAGCCUCUUUCCCAACAUGGACACAACAAAAGGUUUAAGAUAAUAAUUGGUGCCAUAGUUGCUGCAGUCAGUGGGAUGCUUUUGUUUUGCAUUAUUGUCAUAUACAGAGUUCGCAGGAACCAAGCCGAAAAGUCAAAGACAAAAGAGAACAUAGAAAGACAGAUGGCAGAUCUAGAUCUGCCAUUGUUUGAUCUGCUAACGAUCAUUACUGCCACUGGCAAUUUCUCAUUGAAUAAUAAGAUUGGACAAGGUGGUUUUGGACCAGUAUAUAAGGGAAAAUUAGCAGAUGGAUCAGAAAUUGCUGUCAAGAGACUUUCAAGCAGCUCUGGACAAGGAAUAACCGAGUUCAUAACAGAAGUAAAACUGAUUGCAAAACUUCAACACCGAAAUCUUGUAAAGCUUCUUGGUUGUUGCAUUCACGGAGAGGAGAAAAUACUAACAUAUGAAUACAUGGUUAAUGGAAGCCUAGACUCCUUCAUUUUUGAUCAAAUGAAAGGUAAACUUUUGGAUUGGCCCCGACGGUUUCAAAUAAUAUUUGGAGUUGCUAGAGGACUUUUGUAUCUUCAUCAAGAUUCCCGAUUAAGGAUUAUUCACAGAGAUCUCAAAGCAAGUAACGUUUUGCUUGAUGAAAAGUUAAAUCCAAAAAUAUCAGAUUUUGGAAUGGCAAGAGCUUUCGGAGGAGACCAAAUAGAAGGAAACACAAAUAGAGUUGUUGGGACUUAUGGAUACAUGGCUCCAGAGUAUGCUGUUGAUGGGCUAUUUUCAAUCAAGUCAGAUGUUUUCAGCUUUGGUAUUUUGUUGUUGGAGAUUGUAUGUGGGAAUAAAAAUAGAGCUCUCUGUCAUGGAAACCAGACUCUUAACCUUGUUGGUUAUGCAUGGAAACUUUGGAAAGAGCAAAAUGCUUCACAAUUAAUAGACUCAAACAUAAAGGACUCAUGUGUUAUCCCAGAAGUUCUGCGAUGCAUCCAUAUUAGUCUCUUGUGCGUGCAACAAUACCCAGAGGAUAGGCCAACCAUGACCUCGGUAAUUCAAAUGCUAGGGAGUGAGAUGGAACUAGUUGAGCCAAAAGAGCCAGGUUUCUUUCCAAGGAGGAUUUCGGAUGAAGGAAAUUUAAAUUCAAAUAAAGGAAAUUUAGAUUCAAAUCUAAAUGAAAGUACUUCAAAUGAUGAAUUAACCAUUACCUCGUUAAAUGGCCGGUGAAAAUCAUGAAGUCAGCUAUAUAUGGCUCUGAUGUACAUUUUGCCUUGCAAGUACACUCACUACCAAAGCAAUGUUGUUUCAAAACCUGUUCUUUUUUUCUUUUUUUUUUUU